AUCCCAGUCUGAACCGGUUUCAACCGGUCCGGGGUCUGUUUGAGAAGAGCUUGGUUUUCCCACAGACUCUCCCCAGGCUUUACGUGGUUUUCUUUUUUAUUGUUUUUUUAUUUAUCUAUCUCUAUUUUUCCUGACAUUAGAUCCAACAAUAAACUAACGUCCUGCUAUCAUUUGUAAAUGAGACGAGGGAACUUCAGGCAUUACAAUCAGUGACAUUUGCUAGCUAGCUAGCACUUAACGCGGAGUUGUACCAGGGGGUCAGUCGGAUUAAUCUCCAGAGGAACAUCAUUCAGUGUUAGCAAACUAUUUAUUCUUAUUAUUUUCUUUCAAUAUUGAAUUAUAGGAUACAUUCGUUCAGUGAAAAGAAGAAGAGAAAUCAACUCUCGUGCUAUUUCACUAGCUCGUUACCAUCACGUUGUCCGUGUGGAUCAAGUUCAUUGGUUAGGUUCUUCAGCUAGCAUCCUGCUAACGCGUCAUCAUGAGAUAAACUUGCAGGAUAAAUUAUUUUUGUAGGAAAUUGAUUUCUAUUGAAAAGCGAUAGCGUUCGCGGGGUUGAGCAGCCACACACGCUUUGAGCACCAUUUCAACGCAGACAGGAGUGUUUCAUAAAACGCAGCUCUAUGCCAGCAGAUAUGACAAUGUUGGCGGACCAUACAGCACGGCAGCUGCUGGACUUCUCUCAGAAGCUGGACAUCAACCUGCUCGACAACGUGGUCAACUCCAUGUACUACGACGUUGGCUCUCAGCAACGGCUGGCACAGGAAGUCCUGACUAACUUGAAGGAUCACCCGGACGCAUGGACCAGAGUGGACACCAUCUUGGAGUUCUCUCAGAACAUGAAGACCAAAUACUACGCACUUCAGAUUCUGGAAAAUGUCAUUAAAACGCGCUGGAAAAUUCUCCCCAGGAACCAGUGUGAAGGAAUUAAGAAAUAUGUUGUAGGUCUGAUUAUCAAGACCUCCUCAGACGCGUCUGUGGUCGAGAAAGAGGGAGUUUACCUGGCCAAGCUGAACAUGAUCUUGGUGCAGAUCCUAAAGCAGGAGUGGCCAAAGCACUGGCCCACGUUCAUCAGUGACAUAGUGGGUGCGAGUCGUACGAGUGAGAGCCUCUGCCAGAACAACAUGAUCAUCCUAAAGCUGCUCAGCGAGGAGGUGUUCGACUUCUCCAGUGGACAGAUGACUCAGGUCAAAGCCAAGCAUCUUAAAGACAGUAUGUGCAACGAGUUCUCCCAGAUUUUUCAGCUUUGCCAGUUUGUCAUGGAAAAUUCCCAGAAUGCUCCACUGGUCCACGCCACAUUGGAGACUCUCUUGCGCUUCUUGAACUGGAUUCCACUGGGCUACAUUUUUGAGACCAAACUCAUCAGCACUCUGGUGUACAAGUUUCUGAACGUCCCGAUGUUUCGGAACGUGACUCUGAAGUGUCUGACUGAAAUCGCUGGAGUCAGCGUGAAUCAGUACGAGGAGCAGUUCGUCAGCCUCUUCACUCUGACCAUGAUGCAGCUCAAACAGAUGCUUCCUCUGAACACGAACAUCCGUAUGGCGUACUCGAACGGAAAAGAUGAUGAGCAGAACUUCAUUCAGAACCUCAGCUUGUUCCUCUGCACUUUCCUCAAAGAGCACGGGCAGCUGAUUGAGAAGAGGCCCAACCUGCGGGAAACACUUAUGGAGGCUCUUCAUUAUAUGCUGCUCGUGUCGGAGGUGGAGGAGACUGAGAUCUUUAAGAUCUGUCUGGAGUACUGGAACCACCUGGCAGCCGAGCUGUAUAGAGAGAGUCCGUUUAGCACGUCCACAUCACCCCUGCUUUCUGGCAGCCAGCACUUUGAUGUGCCCCCACGCAGACACCUCUACCUGCCUGUACUGUCUAAAGUGCGUCUCCUGAUGGUGAGUCGCAUGGCUAAGCCGGAGGAGGUGCUGGUGGUGGAGAACGAUCAGGGUGAAGUGGUGAGGGAGUUCAUGAAGGACACAGACUCGAUCAACCUCUAUAAGAACAUGAGAGAGACUCUGGUGUACCUGACCCAUUUGGACUAUGCUGAUACUGAGCGAAUCAUGACCGAGAAGCUUCAUAACCAGGUAAACGGGACCGAGUGGUCGUGGAGGAACCUAAACACGCUGUGCUGGGCCAUCGGAUCCAUCAGUGGAGCCAUGCACGAGGAAGACGAGAAGCGCUUUCUGGUCACAGUCAUUAAGGAUCUGCUGGGCCUGUGCGAGCAGAAGAGAGGGAAAGACAACAAGGCCAUCAUUGCCUCCAACAUCAUGUACAUUGUAGGGCAGUACCCACGGUUCCUCCGUGCCCACUGGAAGUUCCUCAAGACGGUGGUCAACAAGCUUUUCGAGUUCAUGCACGAGACUCACGACGGCGUGCAGGACAUGGCGUGCGACACCUUCAUCAAGAUCGCUCAGAAAUGCAGGAGGCACUUUGUUCAAGUGCAAGUCGGGGAGGUCAUGCCAUUCAUCGACGAGAUCCUCAACAACAUCAACACCAUCAUCUGCGACCUGCAGCCGCAACAGGUGCAUACGUUCUACGAAGCCGUAGGCUACAUGAUCGGUGCUCAGACGGACCAAGCAGUGCAGGAGCAUCUGAUCGAGAAGUACAUGCUGCUCCCCAACCAGGUGUGGGAUAGCAUCAUCCAGCAGGCCACCAAGAACGUUGACAUCCUGAAGGACCCAGAGACCGUGCGUCAGCUCGGCAGCAUCCUGAAGACCAACGUGAGGGCGUGUAAGGCCGUGGGUCACCCGUUUGUGGUGCAGUUAGGGCGAAUCUAUUUAGACAUGCUUAACGUUUACAAGUGUCUGAGUGAGAACAUCUCGUCUGCAAUUCAGACCAACGGUGAGAUGGUGACCAAGCAGCCUCUAAUCCGGAGCAUGCGCACGGUAAAGAGAGAAACUCUGAAGCUCAUCUCCGGCUGGGUCAGCCGUUCCAACGAUCCCCAGAUGGUCGGAGAGAACUUCGUUCCUCCUCUGCUCGAGGCCGUGCUGAUCGACUAUCAGAGGAACGUCCCUGCUGCUCGCGAACCCGAAGUGCUCAGCACCAUGGCAACCAUCGUCAACAAGCUCGCGGCCCACAUUACCGCGGAAAUCCCCAAGAUUUUCGAUGCCGUUUUCGAGUGCACCCUAAACAUGAUCAACAAGGACUUUGAGGAGUUCCCAGAGCACAGGACCAACUUCUUCUACCUGCUGCAGGCGGUCAACUCACACUGCUUCCCUGCUUUUCUGGCCAUCCCUGCGGCCCAGUUCAAACUGGUCCUGGACUCCAUCAUCUGGGCUUUUAAACACACCAUGAGGAAUGUCGCUGACACGGGUCUCCAGAUCCUGUACACGAUGCUGCAGAACGUGGCCCAGGAGGAAGCUGCAGCUCAGAGCUUUUAUCAGACGUAUUUCUGCGACAUCCUGCAGCACAUCUUCUCCGUCGUCACGGAUACGUCCCACACGGCAGGUUUGACGAUGCACGCCUCCAUCCUGGCCUACAUGUUCAACCUAGUCGAGGAGGGGAAGAUCAGUAUAACCCUGAACACAAGCGCACCCGUGAACAACCAGGUCUACGUACAGGAAUAUGUGGCCAACCUGUUGAAAACUGCCUUCCCGCACCUACAAGAUGCACAGGUGAAAGUGUUUGUAACCGGUCUGUUCAGCCUGAAUCAGGACAUUCCUGCUUUCAAAGAGCACCUCCGGGACUUCCUGGUGCAAAUAAAGGAGUUUGCCGGCGAGGACACGAGCGAUCUGUUCCUGGAGGAGCGAGAGCUGUCGCUACGUCAGGCUCAGGAGGAGAAACACAAACUCCAGAUGUCCGUGCCGGGAAUCCUCAAUCCCCACGAACUUCCUGAGGAAAUGUGCGACUGAGCUUCCUGUACGCUGCCACGUGUUUGAUUUGUUUUUUUGGUUUUUUUUCCCCCCUUCGGACACAGGAAAGACCCGAAACGUGAAUAAAAGCGUGUGUUUGUGUGUACAUACAGAGAGAUUGCAGUAGGAUGAAGAUGGUCAAGGAAUGUAAAUUUCAAAAAAAAGAUCGCCUUCUUCCACCCACGUCCCAUUCAAGAUUUCUUUUUUGUUUUUGUUUUGAAGUGUGUGUUUUUGUAAGGAGAGAACUGAUGCACUGUAAUUACUCCAAUGUUCAUCAGCUGUGUUAGUUUUUUUUUUUCCCUCAAAAGUUUAUGUAUUCAUAGACGAUUUAAGCCCCGCCUCUGUUCACCUCUUCCGGUUCGUUUGUUAAUUUGUGAAACGGAUUCAUUAAUGAAGUGAUGGAAGGAAGAGGAGUGACCCACAGAACGAGGGAAUGGUUUGACUGGCACAGCAAUUGAAUGUGAUGGUUGACAUUCAGAACUGAAAGCUGCUCUUUUUUAUUUUUUUCUCCUCCUCUCUUUAAAUCGUGUGUCUUUCACUUUUGCCUGCUUUUUUUUACGCUUUAUUUUUGUUUGCGUGUUUAUGGGGAGGGAUGUGGCCCUGUUCCGGGUUUCCGGUUCUUACAAAUGAUCCGAAGCAGAUCUCGCCAACGUCGAUGAAGGGUUUGUUCAUAUCGUCCUGUCGUUUAUAACACUGUCUUAGUACUUCGGGAACAUAAAGUUGGAUAUUUUUACAAAAAAAAAAAAAAAAAAAUACUUCCGUGUCUCCGAUUAUUUAUUGUACAGAUGAUUUUUUUGUUGUUGUUUUUUGCCUCAAUACAACCAUUUAAAUAUGUACAGGAGCAUUGCAUGACUAAGCCUGUUUGUUUUUUUGUUUUGUUUUUUAUAAAUCAUUGGAACAGCAUGAGCUUCUCGUUCAUAGAGAAUUUCUUAUGCAGAGAGACUGGCAUUCUGUUCAUCUUGUUUCCUAUAUCCAUGCCUUUUACCCCUCUGACCAUCACAUCCAUGUGUUUUCUGUUAAACGUCUCAUUCAAGAUUCAUUCCCUCUUGGCGCCACUCUUUGAGGGAUGUGUGUUCAGAUACUGAGAUCAGGCACUGAUGAUGUUUCAGGAAGCUCUUGUUCAAGUUAAGGAGGUCAUGUGCUGUCCUGGACACUCAUGCACUUUUACAUGGAGCUCCGUUUGCGUGUAGCAACAUGGUUCGAGGAAGAGCCACGUUUGUGAUGUGAUGGUCAGAUGGGUCAUAAAGUGCAUAUCUCAGCAGAUUUUACUCCAUCAGCCACUAUUGACUUUACCUGAGUUUGUGUUUUUAUUUUUAUUCGCAGCCCCAAGCUAAAUAAAGCGAUAUUUUUUUAUAUACACCAAA